UGUGAUCAAACACUUUAAACUCCAGAGGGAACAGCUGUGGUCUACGCAUUGAUAAUUUGCUCCUCCUACCCGCUAAUAAAGAUUUCAUGUCAAUACAGCUUUGUGUUACUACGGUUUAUACAUUCUGAGUGAUAAAGAUAACAUUCUUCAAUCUCGUCAACUGUUAUAAAACCAAAAUGGCUGAACAGUUGGUCAAACUUAACGUUAGAGGAGCAUACAUGACAACAACCGACGACACAUUAAAAAAAGGAGGAAGUAAACUUGCCAACAUGUUGGAGGCAAACAACGUUUUUCUCAAGGACUCUGACGGAUGCUUUUUCAUUGACUGCGAUGUUGAGAUGUUCAAAAUCGUUUUGAAUUUUCUUAAAUUUGGCACGCUACAGCACACGGAAAGAGUGUUAGAAUUGUAUGAAAUCGCAAAGUACCUUGACGUGAAAAUGUUGUGUGAAUGCUUAGAAUCUCACCAUGUUGUGAUCUAUGAAAAACGAAUAUCAUUAUUAGAGCAAAGGAAUCAAUCGUAUUUUUCUGAUGUCCUGAAAAAAGUUGUCGAGGCCAUAAAAAUUAAGUCUGCUGCACCGAAUGAAGCCAAGGCUAUUUAUUUUUUAAAGAGCUAUUGUCAAUCUUGCUUUCCUGAGGUAUAUGGAGGUACAACAGCCGAUCUUUAUGCCAACAUUUAUCUUUCCGAUAUUUGUUCUAACAUUGACGAUUUGACGUUACUCGCCUAUAAGCUGUGUAAACUUGGUUAUGCAAAAUAUAUAGCUAGAAGGUUACAUAAUGAAAGGUGUACAGGAAAUAAUACGGUGUGGCACUACGGGUACCAGCUUAUUCUGCUGCAAAACUGACAAAUGUUUGAACAUUUUAUUCUGUUUAUAUAGAAUUACUAAAACAAACACUGAAUGCAUGGUACAAUAAAUAGAUAAGUAGAUAUGUAAGUAAAAUCUUAAGUUUGUUUUAUGCAGCGAUUGCACACAUAUGACAUAAUUGGGUACAUAUCGCUUAAAAAAGUGAGAUAUUGUCAUUCAAAGACUGGAUUUUCCAUUAUGUAAAAAAUGUUGCAUUUGUAAGCCAACGUGUUUUAUACCAUCCAAACAUCAUUUUCAUAUUACGGUUAAUUGACCUGUUAAUUAUUUUCAGUAAAAUGAUCUAUAUACAAUGAAAGGUCAAAUUAUAAAAACUUCAUAGUCUGGUCUCUUGAAAUACUAAAAAAUGGUUUGAAAUUUUCGACCACUAAGGAGAAGUGGUGACCGCCAGGUCUUCUAAGAAAGAUGUGGUAGACCAGGCACCUAACAGUUAUCGAAAACUUGUAGGUCGGAGCAUCCUCAGACAGUAAGGUUACACCUAAUAGAACCGUUUACUGGGUGCUUUGUGUUUAAAAUUGAAAAAAAAAACAACAAUUAAUACGAUAUCACAGUAUGCUGUCUUGGUAACCGUCACCAA